AUGGUGAGCGCUGCGGGCUCGUGGAGUGGCGGCAGCGAUGAUCCCAUGGGCAGCGACCCGUCUCCCGCGGCGUGGACCACCGGCAGCGACGCGACCGGCCUUGUGACCGGCGGGCCGCGCAUGGCGCUCGAAGAGGGCGAGGGCGACGAGGGGGAGGAGAUGGCGGACGGGUGGGCGCUGGGGGACGGCGGCUGGGGGGAUGAGGAGGCGCAGGGGGAGGCGGACGUCGAGGAGCGCGCGGAGGGCAGGAGCCUGGCGGAGGAGGGCGCGGAGGAGGAGAGCGCGGCGGAAGAGAUGGAGGGAGAGAUGGCGGAGGGUGAGGGGGAAGGGGACGAGGAGGAGGAAGAGGGGCGCAUGCUGGCUGAGGGCGACUGGGAGGAGGAAAGCGAGGCGAGCGAGGUGGGCGAGGAGGAGGAGGAGAGCGAGGAAAGCGAGGAGAGCGAGGAGGGAAGGAUGCUUGCAGAGGGAGAGGAGGAGGAGGAUGAGGAGGUGGACGAUGGCGAGGAGGAGGAGGAGGAGGAGGAGAUUGAGGGAGCGGAAGGCAGGAUGCUGGUGGAGAGCGGAGAUGUGGAGGAGGAGGAAGAGGCGGAGGGCGGGGAGAUGGCGGGUGAGGAGGCGGAUGAGGAGGAAGAGGGCAGAGUGCUGGCGGAAGUGGAGGACGAAGAUGAGGAGAUGGAGGGCGAGGAUGUGGAGGAGGCGGAGGAGGCGGAGGAGGAGGGGAGAGCUCUUGUGGAGGACAGCGAGAGCGAGGAGGAAGCAGGUGGAAUGGAUGGUGACGCGGACGAGGGGGGUGAUGAGGCUGACGGACUUGAGAUGCCCAGGGAGCUUCAGGAGGAGGAGGAGGAGGAGGAGGAGGAGGGGAUGGAGAGUGACGAGGAGGAGGAGGUUGAGGAUGAAGAGGGGGAUGAGGAGGAAGGGAUUGAGUUUCCACGCAAGCUGGCUGACGAGGACGAGAAGAAGGGCGAGGAGAAGAAGGAGGAGAAGAAGAGCGAGGAGAAGGAGGAGAAGAAGAAGGAGGAGAAGAAGGAGGAGGAGAAGAAGCCGGGGCAGGGUGGGCAGCAGGGCGGUCCCGGCGGACAGCAGGGCGGUCCAGGCGGACAGCAGGGCGGUCCAGGCGGACAGCAGGGCGGUCCCGGCGGACAGCAAGGCGGUCCCAGCGGACAGCAGGGCGGUCCCGGCGGACAGCAGGGCGGUCCUGGCGGACAGCAGGGCGGUUCCGGCGGACAGCAGGGCGGACAGCAGGGCGGCAGCGGCGGAUAUCUGGGCGGUGGCAGCGGGGAAGAUCUGAGCGGCGGCAGCGGCGGACCUGGCGGACAGCGGGCGGACCUGGCGGACAACAGCGGUCCCGGCGGACAACAGGGCGGUCCCGGCGGACAGCAGGGCGGUCCCGGCGGACAGCAGGGCGGUCCCGGCGGACAGCAGGGCGGUCCCGGCGGACAGCAGGGCGGUCCCGGCGGACAGCAGGGCGGUCCCGGCGGACAGCAGGGCGGUCCCGGUGGACAGCAAGGCGGACAACAGGGCGGACCUGGCGGACAGCAGGGCGAGCAGCAGGGCGGACCUGGCGGGCAGCAGGGCGGGCAGCAGGGCGGACCCGGUGGGCAGCAGGCCGGACCUGGCGGGCAGCAGGGCGGGCAGCAGGGCGGACCUGGCGGGCAGCAGGGCGGGCAGCAGGGCGGGCAGCAGGGCGGACCUGGCGGGCAGCAGGGUGGACAGCAGGGCGGACCUGGCGGGCAGCAGGGCGGACCUGGUGGGCAGCAGGGCGGGCAGCAGGGCGGACCUGGCGGGCAGCAGGGCGGGCAGCAGGGCGGGCAGCAGGGCAGACCUGGCGGGCAGCAGGGCGGACCUGGCGGGCAGCAGGGCGGGGAGCAGGGCGGACCUGUCGGGCAGCAGGGCGGACCUGGCGGGCAGCAGGGCGGGCAGCAGGGCGGACCUGGCGGGCAGCAGGGCGGACCUGGCGGGCAGCAGGGCGGACCUGUCGGGCAGCAGGGCGGACCUGUCGGGCAGCAGGGCGGACCUGGCGGGCAGCAGGGCGGACCUGGCGGGCAGAAGGGCGGACCUGGCGGGCAGCAGGGUGGGCAGCAGGGCGUACCUGGCGGGCAGCAGGGUGGACAGCAGGGCGGACAGCAGGGCGGACAGCAGGCACCUGGCGGACAACAGGGAGGUGCUGGUGGGGAGCAGGGGGGAACCGGUGGGCAGCAGGGUGGUUCUGGCGGAGAUCAGGGGGGAUCUGGCGGGGGAUCUGGAGGGAUUACUACUCUUCAGAAUGUGGGAGACAGCACUUUCUCAAAGAUUGGUGUGAAGGCAGGAAAGGGGGGAAAGGGCGGCAAGGGUGGAAAGGGAGGGAAGGGGGGAAAGGGUGGCAAGGGCGGAAAGAAGUGA